AAGACAGCGAAGCCAUCUUGGCGAUAUCAAACGAUAUAAAAUACAUUGUGAGGAAAAUAUUCCCAAUUGAAAGAAAAUGAAAUAGUAAUAUUUCUCAAAAAUAGAAAAUGUCUCACGUCAUAUCAUUGAACGUGUAAGGAUUCGUUAUUGCGAUGAUCGUUGCCUAACACCUUUUUCGAACUUGCGAAACAUCUUGCUCUGCAAGUAUGAAUCUGGAAGUAGAGUUGAUCGCGGGAGUCAUCAAAGGCGGCCCACCUCCAGCUCAUUUGCCGGCGCCAAGACUCAUCAAGAUAUUUAUCGCUGGCGAGAGGGAUGACUUCCCGGAGGAGCGCAAACAGCUGUUGGAGGUGGUCGGUCCGGAGUUGCAAUCAAUUUACGAUGAUAUGGGAAUCGAGGUACUCCUGGUGGACAUGCAAUAUGGAGCCGGCGAUGACCCGGACGUCGAUCCGCAUCUGGCGGAAUACUUCCUGGAGGAGAUAAGUGCGUCCCACCGUCAUUCCAGAGGAUGUUUUCUCCUGCUGUUGACGGGAACAAAUUACACCGUAGGGUGGGUGCCAACGGAAUUGAAAGAGGCUACCUACCAAACGCUUGUCGCGCACUGCGCUCUUCUUAAAGAUCAUUACGAGCACAAUGGGCACUCUUAUGCUUUGAAUGCAAAUAGCGUGCAAACUGCUCAACGAGAAUGGCAAAAGGAUCGAGAGCCAAAGUUGCGCCAGGCAUUAAAGACUGCUGUGGAACGGGCGAUUGUGGAGCAUCCGGAGAAUCAGGACUUGGAAUACACCUUAAAGAGCACGGCGGAACGACAACUGGAACACGGCCUAAAUUUAGACCAGCAGGGCUUGGGGAUAAUGGCUGUGAUUCGCGAAUGGACGAGUGAUGAUGCGCCAAGAUGCACGGCUGCCGCCGAGGGACUCAAGAAUCGCAUUCAGACUACCUUGCCCCAGGAAAACGUCCUGGGUUUUGACGUGGAAUACCGUAGCGGCGGUAUCGAUUCCGACUGCGAAGCUCACGAUGAAUAUCUUGCGAAAUUUCGAGAACUGAUAUUGGAUAGGCUUCAACAGCUGGUGAACGCGUCUGUCGAAGCUGAUCCGGAAAUUAAAAGUCGCAAGAAAAUGGUUCAGGAGGUCUACGCUGAAAGCAUGGCGCAUUUUGCUCUUCUUCGAGAAUUGCCGUUAGCCAACGAGGGCAACGAAGCCGUGGAGCGAGUUAAACGACUUAUCCUUGCAGGCAAGGAGCAUAAGCACGGACCGAUUCUAAUCUAUGGGCCCAAAUCCUCUGGGAAAUCCUCUAUCCUUGCACGCGUCUAUCAGGAUUCACCUGACUGGCUUUCGACGUCGACGCUUCGCGUCGUUCGAUUAUGUACCUCGACACCUCGAUCCGCUUACAGCCUGGAGCUCCUCCGUAUUCUCUGCCAGCACGUCGGCUUUCUUUGCGGAGAUAACGACGGUAAUUUACCGCGAGACGCCUCCUUCGACCCACUCUACCUCAACAAUUGGUUCAGUCUCAUUAUACGCCGCUUAGAGGAACAUCCCCUUCCGGACCAAUUAAUUAUUCUCCUCGACGAUCUUCAUCGCUUUCAUCCGCUUGAGUGCGAUAUCGUCGCUGCCUUGUCCUGGUUACCGCUCACUCUUCCUCCGGGUGUUCACUUUGUUGUCACUUCCGCGCUUCCGCCCGAGGGAAUGCGCCUCACGCCGCUUCAAAAGGAUCGUCUACGUAGCCCCGAUAUUCUCGUUGAUUUAUCCGGGCAUGUGUGCGCGACACCAGGCGUCGACGCGGUUCUCCAACGCUUAGAGGACCUCGUCGGACUCGACGCAGCUAAUCGGAUUGCCUCGAUUCUCGCUUGCACCGAAUAUGGCUUGUCGGAGACAGAAAUACUGGAAUUAAUUAUGCCUACUGGAGGAGAAGGACCAUUGCUUUUGGAGGAGAGUCAAUUUAAUUUUGCAACCUGGUGCUUGAUCAGGAGAACAUUCGCACCGUGGCUGAAAGUACGAGUGAUGAGCGGUCGGUUAAUGUUUUCCUGGCGUAGCCAAUGUCGUGAAGCCGCUCUCAGAAAGUAUCUCUCCAAUCAAGACGUUUCUCGCGGUUAUCACGCGGAGUUAGCCAGCCUCUUCUUUUCCGAGGAAGCCGAUGAUAAUUCCGACAAAUCGCUGGAGAAUCCAUCUUCUUCGCCUCCUAUCAAGGAAACACCGUUUCAAAGUGCGCCGCAAACGCAAAUUGUCACAUACACACUUCGACACGUUGAAGAAGCAUGGCUACAUCUUCUGCGUGCUUCUGACGUUGACAAGUUGAAGAAACUCGCCGUUUGCGCGUUCGAUUUUCUUCUUGCGAGUGCUCAGAUGAUCUCCGUGAGCUAUCUACGAUGUGUCCUCGAACAUGCCAGACGAUAUCUCCUUGAACGCGAUUUGGAACUCGUGUAUUACGCGGUGAGAAAAUCCAGCGAUGUUCUUACCAGAGAUCCACUUCAGCUCGCUGCGCAGCUUAUCUGCUGGUUAAGACCGGUUGCUGAGGACGGAGGUGACCUCGUCAGCAGAAUGGUCAUGGCGGCAAUGGCUUGGUGCGACGGUUACACCGCGCCUUUACUCGUGCCCUUGAACGGAUGGUUACAACCGCCUCUGCCACUACAGAUCCGAGCGAUUACUUGUCCUCAGGGAGUUAAGUUAAUCGAAGCGGCACCAUCUGGUCAGCAUGUAGUCAUUGUGCCACCGCAGGGAGAUGCUCAAUUAUGGCAUGUGAUGUCCGGUCAGCUCGUUCAUACAUUCAAAGGACACUCCAGUCCAAUUUCAUGUUUAGCCGUUACCCAUCAAUCACAGUAUCUGUUAACCGGUUCCGAAGACACUUCUAUUAUCGUUUGGGAUAUGAAAGAUCUUGUAAUGAAACGCCGGAUUUGCGAGCAUAUCGCACCGGUUCUCACUUUAACUCCGGCACUCAACAAUUCCGUUAUCGUGAGCGGUGGCGAGGAUUCCAGAAUUAUUGCUACGAGCUUGCUCACUGGCGAAGUCCUGAUGAAGGUUGAUCAUCACCGAGGUCCUGUCACCACUAUUCGAGUCGAUUCCGCUGGAGAAGUCUUGGUUUCUGGUUCAGUCGACGGAACUGUGUGUCUUUGGUCUUUGGAAAGCUUUAGUCUUCUCAACAGUAUUACUCUUCCUUCUCCAGUGAUCAUGCUUGACGUGUCUGCAGAUUCAGUUUUUCUUCUAGCCGCUUGCGAAGAUCAGAAGCUCUAUCUAAGAUCCUUGGCAACCGGCACGGAAAUCCAUACACUUAGAGGACAUCAAGGACCAGUUAAGAGUCUUUGUCUGGCAAAAGAUUGUAGAAGAGCUAUCGCUGGUGGUGUCGAAGGCAGAGUAUCCGUAUUUGAUAUGCAUAGUGGAAAGUUGAUCAGGACUCUGCCUGCUAAUCCAUCAGCAACAGUUACUUCAGUCAAGGUAACUGAGAAAGAUGAUUUUCUGAUAACUGGUGGAGGAGGUCGCGUGACUUAUUGGAGCUUUCGUGGUGAAGAACCACCACCAAAACCACAAAAACCUGGAAAACAGGAUACAUUGCAACCCCAUACCGCACCGAUAUCCUGCUUGGACAUCUCCAGGGAUGGCGCUAUGGCGGUUACUGGUGGUGUCGAUUCUUUAGUCAAUUUAUGGCAACUCAACACUCACGAAUUGUUAUCCACCCUAGAAGGACAUAUCGCUAGCAUUACUUGUAUCGCAUUUUCCGCAUCAGAACUUUUUGUCGCAUCUGGAUCCGAAGACAAGACGGUACGUGUGUGGGGUUUAACUCUAGGACUUGUCGUGGCUACGUUCAGGCAUCAGGCACCAGUAACUGCUGUUACUGCUAUGCUAGAUGGAAGAAGAGUGGUCAGUUCAGAUCGUGCUGGCUCUAUCAGAGUCUGGGCAGCAGAUACCGGUACAUUGAUUCAAUCUGUUUGCGGACCUGGAAGAUGUUUCGCUGUUGCGUCCGACAUGAGAUACGCGGUUUGCGGAUCUGGUGACAAUCAGGUGCGCAUAAUCAGUCUGGGCGCCGGUCCCGAGGAGAAGCAUCAGGUAUCGCACUCACAGGAUAUCACAUGUCUGGUAGCAACGCCGGAUUCUCAAUAUCUGAUCACUGGUUCUCGCGACAUGAGUCUGAAAGUGUGGCAACUAGCCGGCGGUAAACUCUCCCAAGUGUUGGUCGGUCAUACCGAUCAUGUGACUUGCGUAGCAGUCGCGGUGCUCGACAAAUCUAUAGUGGUAUCCGGCUCUAGGGACGCCAAUUUGAUCGUCUGGGAUAUCAAUACUGGUGCCGAUUUGCACACUCUCGUGGGUCAUUUGGGUUACGUGACCUGCGUGCGUCUCUCCGGCGACGGUACUUUGGCCGUUUCCGGAAGCGAGGACAAAAGCCUCAUCGUUUGGGAUACUAAAAAGGGCACCCCCCUCAGUUCCAUUAUGCUACACGUACCGGUUUUAGGAGUCGAAAUGUCUACCGAUUGCUCCAGGAUGGCAGUACAUUUACUGGAGCAUAAAUGCAUGCCUAUUUUAUGUCUGCAUAAUACUCCCGCGCAAUACGUGAAAUUGCCGCCAUACGUGGCCCCGCGGGACUUAAGACCACCAGGACCGAAACGACCCGCCAAAAGAUUGUUGAAGAAAGAGGUGUCUUUAGAUACUUACACCUGGCAGCGAAAGUACGGGCAUCUUACGUCAGGUAUUAUAGUUUCAAGUAUCGAGGAACGAUUGAAACGUCGCUUUAGCGUGAGCGCGUCAAUGGAAGAGAUCAGCCAAGCAGGUUUAGCCGGUUCUCAAUCUGGCUUAGGUCCUGAACAAGCCGCUUUAGCACAAUCUCAACAUUUUGAUCAACUAGAGGCACUUUGGAACAAACAGUCACCGCCGCCAAGACCACGUGGCCUAGUCCGGACAUUAACGAAACAAAGUUCGCUUCAAGCUACCCGAAUAUCCGACUCUGAAGAAGAAGAAGAUAUACCGGAUUAAAUGACAAAAUAUUUUCUAUCGACAACCUUCGGUCGAUUGUCGAAUAUAUUUAAGUUACAAAAUGUCCUUCCGUGUCAUUCGAUGCAAUAAAUAAAGAUAUACCAGAGGUAAUAGACUAGAACAAAAUGUACGAUUUGUUCCAUUAUUUUUGCAUUCAAUAGUUUAUCUCUAUUUUAUUUUGUUAU